AACAACAACAUCCUAAAAAUUCUCCCUGUUCAUGUCAUUUUAUAUUCUCCCAUCUACUGAAAUAAUAGUUGGUCUAUCAUUUAAAUUAAUAAUUUGUCCCUCUACUAAAUCUAUCCUACAGAUUUAAAUUUGUAUUUUUUGUACAUAAUUUAUUUUGACCUCCAAAUAAUAACGGUACAAAGUAACUCCUUGAGGUAUAGCUAACUAUAGCUGCGAUAUUAUCACUAAACGUACGUGGCGAAGUCUGGUUUGUCGUGGUAAAAUCCCUUCUGUGUGCCGUGUCGUGAUGUUAAAAUUAAUUUAGAACGACAUUCUUAUUAUUGUGAGUUUUAACCUGAAGAUGGCAGCUAGCAAACCACCUGGCUUUUCGAGAAAAGAACCAUGAGUGCCUUGACACUCCGGCAUUAUCAACAGCACCUUUAGCUGUGCUGGAAGACACUUCCUUUGUCAAGACAGUGCUCAAGCCCAAGAGCUGACGACUUCUUGGGGGUGUCCUGAAGAAUGUGAUUGGCCUAAGGAGUCUAUCAUACUGAGUAUGGUGAAGGGUUUGGACUGGUUCAGGAACAAGUGGAUGCUGCUGAAAGAGAUCAUGGCUCGCAACCCGGAACUCCUGAGUCUCUUCUUCGCCCUUGUUCUCUCUGGUAUCGUCUCCCACUUGGACAAUCCCAAAGGGAGCAAGGCAACACCCUAUGUCAUACCCAUCCCUCCUAAGAUAUUUGACCAUGAAUCCCCCGUCAUUGAGUUCACCACUGGAGACAUGACGGCAGUCCGGAAUGUGAUAGCAUCAACCGGAGCCGAAGUGUGGAUCAUCAUGUAUUAUGCACACUGGGACGCCUACUCGCUGGAGACGGCCAAGGAGUUUGAAAGGACCGCCGAGAAGAUGUCCGAUCAGGUGCUGUUCAUGGCAGUGAACUGCUGGUACCCCUACGGGGCCUGCAGGCACAAGGUGACCGUCCCUUACUUCCCCAUCCUCUUCACCCAUCGAGACAGCCGGGAGGGCAUCCAGUACACCGGACUCCAGAGGGCGCCAGAGAUGGUCGACCACCUGAAGAGGGUCUGCUCCCCCUUGAAGGUGGUCCAGGACCUGGAGUCUUUGAGACUGCUCAGAGCACAGCAUGAUGCUGUAGCACUUGCCUAUUUCAGCUUCGAGGGCACACUUGCACCCCAGGGCCUAGCCUCGUACCAGUGGGCUGCUAUGCAACACCUAGAAAAAGACCCUGUCCAACCCACACCCUUUGCCAUCAUCACAAACAAACAGCUGGCACGCACUCUAGGCCUCACCAACUCCAUGAACAUCACUCUGCUCAGAAACUUCAAUGUAUCUUUGUAUUACCCUUCCUCUAGAGAGUUCAAAGCAAAGCCUAUCGUUGAGUUUGUGACUACUCAUAGAGAAUCGAUGGUGCAGUGGAUCGCCCCUCCUGGUCUGAAGAGUACCAUCUUGUCUUCCCACAUCUUCACCAGACCCACCAUCAUCGUAUUCACCCCGCACCGGCACGAUCAAGUGUUUGCCAAUCACUUUAUGAUGUUACGUGAAGCUACCUUGGAGUACUACAACUGUGCCAACAGCUCCUACAUCCUCACACUGCAGAAGGCCAUCAGGGAGGAGCGCAAAAAAUAUGCCUCUCAAUCUUCAGACCCUGGUUCUUCUCGUGUAACCACACCCAAUGAAGAGUGCAUGGAUGAUGUUUCAUCUAGAGAAAGCGACUGUUGUCAAACCCUCGCCUCCAGAGGGCGUAUCGAGUCCAUCUCGCGAGCCAGGGGUAACGUUUGUGAGAUCUGCGAGACGUUCAGCCAGCCUCUUCAGCCGUCCAGCGACCCCUGUACCUAUCUGACGUUAAGCUCGGGCUCGUCGUUGCUUAUGGACGUCACCAACGGCGUGACUGCUUCGAGCAACGCGUGCCUGUACCUGAGCAACUUCUACAGCCCCUUCAGCCACUAUCGCCUCUGCUGCCAGGAUGUUGACCUCCUGACCUGUGACCUUUGCCCCACAUUCCACUCUUCGGUGCACAAACAUUCCCUUUCCAGUGGAUCAAUGCAUUCUCACGGCACCAGAACUUUUGAAAGUCACCUUGCUCCCGAGCAUAAAGCGUGCGAUUGCUCCAAAAAAUAUCAACGUCUUUCAGGGGAUCCUCUCGAUUCCUUCACCGUUGUUGACUCCCAAACUGCAUCCUCCUCAGAAGAUGAUGAUAAACAAUCCUGUCACACAAAAUCUUCCAGGACUACAGUAUAUAACAAUCAGGAAAAUGAAUUUGAUGCUACUUCAGAAAGUCUUCAGAAAAAAUUUGAACAUCUUGGAUGCAGAACAAAUAGAACGUUAGUUUUCCGUGCAAUGAGGUCUGAAUAUUUUUGGCAGAUGGCAGAUCGGCUAGGAAUUAAACCGCAAUCUCAACAUAAAAAUUCAAGUGUUGGGGUAGCCAUCAUAGAUAUACAGAGUGAAACCCACCAUAUCCUUCCAUUGGACGAAUCAGGAUUGUCCCUGCAACUCCUGAAGCAGUUCAUCGUCAACUACACCGAAUCUCUCCUUUCCAGACACAGACAUUCUACCUCCCCGUCCAGUACUUCAACAUCCAACUCAAGGUGCACUAAGGCAUCAGACAGUAUAUGCAUCACAGAGGUUGCAGACGAUACGUAUGAAGAUAUGGUACUAAACACUGCCAAGGAUGUCUUGCUGCUGUACUAUGCCCCAUGGUGUGGAGCUUGCCUCAGAAUCCAACACCUCUACCUUCAACUUGCCUCCCUCUUCAGGUCACAUGACAGCCUUCGGAUCGCCAGAAUCAACGGUGACCUAAACGACCUUCACUGGCACCUCCUGACCCCAGCGUAUCCCACAAUCCUCUUCUUUCCCGGCCGCGAUAAAGCGAGGAGUGUCAGGUUUCCCGAAGAAAGUGCAAUCACGCUUCCAAAUCUGGUUGAUUUUGUGUUGAAGCAUAGUAGGUAGAAGCUAUUUUAAUAUAUGGGUGAACUGUUAGUUUUUUAAGCAAUAUACAGCAUUCUUUUGAGGGCAUUCUGUUAUCUCUUUUCUUGAUAUCACUUAUCCAGUAAUUUAGAGUUAUUCAAAUAGAGAUAAUCAUUGAAGAGACAUAAGUCCAUCACUGUCAUCUCUUUUGUUUAGUUUUUUACAUUUUAAAGAUGUGAGUAACCCUGAAUUACUUGGGAAUUCCUCUGUAUCAUUGAUUUGUGAUGCUGCAUGUACAAAAUUAUAUUAGGAAAAAUAGAGAUUUUUUUUCCUUUGCUGAGACAUAUACUGAUGAAGAUUUAUUUUGGCUGGGAAAUUAUAAGGCUGACAAGCAAUAAAGUUAGUCUUUAUUAUAAUGACUUAUUAAAAAACGUCCCUUGUAGCUUGUGAUCAGUAAUAAAUUAUCUAUACUAAGAUACACUGAUCAAAUAUUAUAUAUAUUUUCUGUAAAGAUACAUGGCAUCUUUCUGAAUCCAUAUACCAUGCCUUCUGAUAGAGCUAGAUAAGAAUAAUAAUAUAAACAUUUUCAUUACAAAUCUUAAAUGUUGAGAUAAAGCUUUGCCAAAUGCUGUUUUGUUGACCAGACUGCACCUUUAUUAAUUGAAGACAAGUUGACAGAGUUAGAGUUUUUCUGUGACAGACUAAUUGUCAUUUCUUUUCCCCCAAAUGUACCCCCUUUCCCCUAAAUGUAACAGUUUCAUCAUAUAUCUGACAAUAUUGAUAUUUUAUUGUAGCUGCUCAAAUAAAUUAUUCCUUGCCGGUAUGCCAAACUUUGUGACCUAAUAAAACUGCUGGAUCUAAAGCAUACAUGUUCUGUUCUUCAUGAUAUAUUUAUAAACAGGAUAUAUUAUUUUGUGACAGAUUAUCAAGUUAGCCACAUUUUAGAUACAGACAUUGGCUAAUUGUUGGGUAUACUUUGACAUAUACACUUCUUUAAAUUGAGAUCUCACUACAUGAUAAUUGUACUUCCUUUUAGCCUUAACCCUUAUUUUAAUACAAAUCUAGAAUGAUUUGUUUUUUGUAUUCAUAGCAUCUCUGCAAUGGUAAUGUGAGAAGUUGAAUCUAGUACAUCAAACAUUUCUUUGCAUAGCAUUGAAUUGUGAAGGAAAUGUGAAUGUUGUGCAAUUAAAGUUGUACAAAACUCCACACUUGCUUAAAUAAUGUGUGCCUUGCAAAAAGGGUGUUAGUGGAGGCUGUUGAAGGUUGUACACUUUCCAUAACAAUGUGUACAUCCCACAUUACCCAACACUGUUCAAUCUGUACACCAUCUAAAUGUUAACAGUAAUAACUAAUCAGUUCUAUGUUUAAUUCAUCCUUUCACUACAAACUAAGAAAUGUAGAAAUUUGAUAAAAUUUGUGCUUGUGCCCUUCUGCCGGGCACACAAUGAUGUAUGAUUUAGUACUAAGACCAAACUGUAUGUUAUAUUGUUCGUUUGGAGCCAGAAGGGUGUUAACUCCCAUACUUUAUCACAGAGUUUAUGCCCAUUUGGCUCCAUACAGGCAAAAUUAUUUUUGUAAUUAACCAGCCUUUUGAAAAAAAUCAAGAUCUGUAUGUAUAUAUUGUAUGUCUGAUUUUUUGAUUAUUUUUUUGUUAUUGAAUUUUCUCAAAGGGAUUAAAGAUAUGAUUCUUUUUGAAUAUAUAUAUUUUUCUUGCCAGCUUAAUUCUAAAUAAGUCAAUGAAUUGAGGCUAAUGAAAUUGUUUAUUAUCAUGACAUCAUGCUCUUAGACCAUACAGAUACAUCAAGGAAACUACAUUUUCUCAAAUUUGGUGAUAAUGGCCAACAGUUAGGCAACAAAAGAAUACAGUUUGUUGUAAUAUUUGAAAGUGAUUGCAGACUGGGAGCCUGCGCAUAAGCUUUGUGGUUCACCGAUAAGACUACCAAAUUUACACUUGCUCUUCUUGUUUCUGUGGAGAGUCACCAUUCCUCUCCUAACUUAAAAGUGUACAUGAAAUUGCUAUUUCUUUUUUGAAUAUGGGGUCGGGCUAACUCGGCUAAAAGACAACUCGGCCCAGGUUUAGGGUUAGGGUAAAAUGAAAACAACAAAAAAUGACAAAAAAUGACCGUUCUUGCAGAUGGGCCGAGUUGUCUUUGAGCCGAGCUAGUGACAGUUUUUGUUAUAAGCUAGGGAAAUCCUUGCUUCUGAUUGGUUAUUAGCAGAUUUGUCACUGAUUUUUCUCAUUUGUCAUUGAAAAUAGGCUUUGUGAAACGAGUCCCUGAUCUGGCAGCAAUUGCUCUGCAUUCAGUAUCAUUUAAUAACCAAAUUCUGAACUUCAGCCCUGGACCAAAUACUAGAAAUAUCACUAACCUCAAAAUAAGUGCAACCAUAACCCUAAUGCUAUAUAUUUUAUGAAAUAAAGACUGGAGCAAUUGUCGCCAGAGCAAAUAUUGGGGAACCGAUUUUAGAGAUAUUCAUACCAAGAUGUGCAUAGAAUUUCUUUAAAUUUUGAUUGAUUAUAUUCCCCUGCUAGAUGUUCAUCAUUCUUAAAACUUUCAGGCUACAUUGUAAUUUUGAAAAAUAAUAGGGACCAAUUCAUCUCUAUGACUGUCAAAAUGUAAAUUAAAACUGAUGGGAAAGAUUUGAAAUGAUUAAUUAAGGUUUGUUUGACGUAGUUUAGUUCUUAGGAAUGUCCAAGACCUCAUUGUCAGAUAUUUGUGUUGCUAGGGAACAUCCUUAGGAAGUAUUUGUUCUUGAUCACAUAUAUAUAUAUAUAUAUAUAUAUAUAUAUUAUAUAUUGUUGUCAUUAAAGUAUAUUGUCAGAGUAGGUUAUACUUCUCUUGGAUCAUGAUAUUUUCAUGUAAAUGUUGUUUCAAUCAUGCUAUUGUAAUUGAUAGGAGAAAUUACAAUGUAUAACUAUUAUAAGUAUUUGCUUGCCCCUGUACAUCCCACCCUCGUCACACACUUCAAAAGCAGAAUAUAAUUUGUCAGGAACCAUUACACCCUUUUUUGUGGAAAAUGAUAAAAUUCUGCUCAAGUGCUAAAAAAGCAUUAUUGCUACAAUUGCAUUCUUUUAUUUUCCAAGUGCAUUUCCCAAUAGCACUUGGGACAAAAUCACCACCAUGUAAUAUUUUACCCAUCCCAAUGUGUUUCAUUGCUUAUCUUAUGUGUUUGCUUGAUAUCACAACGAUUGUGUUAUCUAGAGCAUUUAAUAGUUCUUGGUAGUUUACAUGGAUUUCUAGUCCUUAGUUAUAUUGACUGACAUGAAUUGAUAUAACGAAUUGCAAAUCUUUAUGAUAUGGGGCUUAGAACUGAUUGCAAUGUAUAUACAUGCAUGACUUUGGCUAAUAGUCUUUGGGGGUGUUUCACAAAGAGACCUAAGUUGAAAUUAUCUCUAAGUUGGACUUGACAAUUAUGGAAAGCCUUUAGCAUCUAUGAAAAUAUUUUGUGAAAGUUAUAUAAAAUGUUGAUUAAAAUCAUUCAUAUCUUCUAAUAUCAAGGAGAUUUCAUGUGCUUGAUGUGGAAUUUAUGAAAAAAAAUCUAUAAUACUUGAAUUUUUGCUUUUAAAUAUAUUUACAAAUGGCUCUCCAUCAUGUUCAAGUCCAACUUAGAGUUAAGUUCGACUUAGGUUCUUUGUGAAAUACCCCCCUUGAUAAUUAUUUUGAUGAUUAUCAAAUGGGAUACAUGUCUAGUAAUUUAUGACGACCCAGUGGUGUCGGAUAUCCCACUGCUGCCACCAUGAUGAGUUUGAGGGUCUUAGUAAUGGUAGAUAACUCACGAUAAUAUAGAGUGGGCAGUCAGGUUUGUUAUGGUAAACAUGUUAUUUACCGGUAUUCAACUACCACAGAUACCGAAUAUUCGAAAAUAUCACAUAUCGUAACAGACCAUGGUAAUUUAUUAUGCACAAGAGGGUGUUAUAAUGUAUUGACAAAUUAUGAAUUUUAUAUAUAAAAGAGAAGACUGAAUAAAUAUAUGAACAUUGCA